GGCCCAAGCCGCCGCAGGGCGCGCGUGAGCGCGCGCGCGCCCGCGGGGCCAUGGCCAACGGCGCGGCGGGGUGGCUGGUACCCCUGGCGGCGCAGGCCCUGCUCUUCCUGCUGCUCGGGGGCAUGGCUGCGAGCGUGGACACGAAGGUGCUGAGGGAGAGGUUCCGCAGCCCCGCUGGGAUCCUGGUGGGUCUGUCGCUGCAGUUCCUCGCUUUGCCCGCGGUAGGCUACGCGUCUGCCAAGGCGUUCGACCUUGACCCCGUCUUCGGCGUCUCGCUCCUGGCCGUGACGUCAUCUCCUGGGGGGGCAUACAGCAACUGGUGGUGCUCCCUUUUCAACGCCGACCUGGCCCUCAGCAUCGCCAUGACUACGUGCUCGACAAUGGUAUCGAUGGUUUUCACACCCUUGAAUUUAGCAAUUUACACCAAGGCAGCCUAUGGAGUCGGGGCGAAUCUUGACCACCUCAAGCUGUUCAGCAGCAUCGGCGUUGCAGUGGUUGCCAUACUUUCAGGCCUACUUGUCAGCCAUUUGCGUCCAGGCUGGCGAAAAGGAUGCAACGUGUUUGGCAAUAUUGCCGGCGUUGGUUUGAUCAUUUUUAGUUUCUUGGUUUCUUCCAGUAAUGACCCAAUAUGGGAUAAGGAUGGAACAUUUUACUUGGCAGUUGCGGCACCCUGUGUCGCAGGCUUGGUGUCCGCCUUUUGCUUGGGUACACUGCUUCCGUGCAUCUCGUCCCCUGAGGCCGUCGCAGUGACGGUAGAGACAGGCUACCAGAACACGGGACUGGCACUUGCAAUAGCAUUGGCGACGUUCGACGAGGAAGACAGAGGCAAGGCCGCAGGGGUUCCGCUGUACUACGGCUUCGUGCAGGUCGUGUGCUUGCCCAUCUUCCUCCUGGUAGCCUGGCGAGCUGGCCUCACGUACGCUCCCCGCCGGGCCUGGCUCUCAGAGGUGAUCCUCAAGGACUACCAGCCCACCUUGUCUCCCUCCGUGAUGCCUGAGCCCGUGGCGGUGCGACCGGCCCCUCCGCGGCCCGCGUUCGACGAGGGGACCGCGGCCGAGGAGGGCAGCUGCAUCGCAGCGGAGGAUAUCGUGGAGACGCCCCGCAGGUCCUCCACCACGGCUGUUGCGCCGACCAGGAACCCGGAGGAUACCCCGAAAAGGCUCUCGGCCACGUCUCCGGCGGCGACCACGGCCGUUGCGGCGACCCGGACCCCAGAGGGGAGCCCGUCCUCCAGAGCAAUCAAGAGCCCAGAGCCGAGCCCAAGAAUGCGCGGGCCGGCGCUCGCGGCUACUCCUGAGACGAGGUCGUCCUUCAGGCUGGGGGAGGAGGGCGCCUGCGUCGACUCCAAGGCCAGGUCGCCGUCGCUGCCCACGGUGUCCCUUAGCGAGGACGAGCCCAGGGCCCAACCCCCUGGAGAGGGUGCGCCCAGGGCGUCCCCUCGCGAGGACGUGGAGUCCGUGGCCAGCUCCCUGAGGUGGAACUCGGCUGGCCAGGCCGGCUGCUCGGCCGAACCGCAGCUGGGCAGCAAGGGCUCCGAGGUCGCGGAGAGCACGCCCCCGUCUACUCUGCCGCCCCAGCCCGAGCAGGGAGAGGCGUCCGGCUCCUCGCCGGCCCAGAGCGGCUCCGGCCAGGCUGGCCACAAGGAGGAGCUGCAGGCCGAGCCGCAGCAGGCUCCUUCUUCGUCGACAGACGCGCCGUUGCCGAGCCCACGCCUGUCGGACAUCAGUCGACUACAGGCGACACCAAGGCCCUCAUCUCCGCUUAAGGAGCGACUGCCGUCGGAUGACGUGAGCGAGGUGGGUAUCUCCCGGGACUUUGGCAUGGCUGACGUGAGCGAGCUGGCCGUAUCCAAGGAGCCGUCCAUACUGGAUCUCUCCCCGCGCAUCUCGGAGAAGACUGACGUCCUGUCCGAGGCCGGCGUCGCGCAGCCGCAGCCGCCCAGGGACCCCCCAGUGGCCGCGCCGGCGCCCCCUGCCCUGAGGCUCCGGCUGCCGCCGCGCUCGGACACGGCCGACAGGAACCCGAAUCACAGCGGUGCGGCUCUGAGCGCGACCGCUGGGAAGUCUCCACCACGGGGGGCUGGCCGGGGUAAAGGCGCCCGGCCGAGUAGUGACGUGGGCCAAGGGCUGAUACACAGGAUGGCCACCCUCUCGUAGAGGGCUGAGAGGCCCUGUGCAGCGUCUUUUGUGCCGUGGCGUCCAGCCUGCACGUGCCUGCCAGGAGAUCCGCAGGUAUAAUACAUAUCAGCGACAGGGUGUUCGCAUGCAAGUCUGGGUGUCCGCUCGCCUUUCUUGCAGCAGAUUCGCAUCUUUGGUCGAGUCUGCUUCUUCGGAUGGACGCGUCUGCGCGGGCUCUGCGACCCAAUAUUUUCAGAGGUUGCAGCAAUCGAUCCUUCCUUCCCACCCUCUCGGCAAGGUGCCAGCAUGCUCAAUUCAAUGCCUCCUCUGUUUCACUACACUUUGUCACAGGGUGGAUCUGCGGUGUCUCUGUUUGCCCCGCAUGGAAAGAUAAAGUGCCAGCAGCGCACUGACACUGUCGAUCCGGCCCGCUGUAGUUUGCGCAUGGAGCACUCCCGUAUGUUACCAGCCUGGAACAUCUCCCUAUCCCUAUGCUGGGCACCUCCUCAUCACGAU